AUGGCGGAGGAGGCCGCUGCCGGCGGCGGCGGCGCCCAGGAGCUGGAGGCGGCGGAGCGGGGCCCGGGCGCGGCCUAUCACAUGUUUGCGAUGAUGGAGGAUCUGCUGGAGAAGCUGAAGCUGCUGAACUACGAAGAGGAGGCGCUGCGGCGCCACCACCUGCGGCCCCUGUCCAGGCACUACUUUGCAUUGCCCACUAAUCCCGGCGAGCAGUUCUACAUGUUUUGCACUCUUGCUGCUUGGCUGAUUACUAAAGCAGGACAUCCCUUUGAACAGCCCCAAGAAUAUGAUGACCCCAAUGCAACAAUAUCAAACAUACUCUCAGAGUUGCGAUCAUUGGGGAGGUCUGUGGAUUUUCCUCCUUCAAAGUUAAAGGCAGGUUAUGGAGAGCAAGCAUGUUAUGUUCUUGAUUGUUUAGCUGAAGAAGCCUUGAAACAUACUGACUUUAGCUGGAAAAGACCAGCAUACCCAACAGAGGAGCUAGAAGAAGAAGCAAUAACAGAAGAUGAUGCGGAAUUGACACUUAAUAAACUGGAGGAAGAAAUUGAGGAAGAAGAGACAGACAACGAAGAGAACUUUAUUGAUCUGAAUGUUCUAAAGGCACAAACCUAUAGAUCGGAUAUGAAUGAAUCUACAAAACAAGAAGAAAUUUUAGAGUCCACAACAGAUGCAGCAGAGUGGAACCUGGAAGUGGAACGUGUUCUGCCACAACUGAAAGUUACAAUCAGAACUGACAAUAAGGAUUGGAGAAUCCACGUAGAUCAAAUGCAUCAGCACAAAGAUGGAAUCGAAUCUGCUUUAAAAGAGACUAGGGGUUACCUUGACAAACUUCAUAAUGAAAUCAGUAGGACCCUCGAAAAGGUCAACAGUCGGGAAAAGUACCUCAACAAUCAGUUGGAGCAUUUGGUUCAGGAAUAUCGUACGGCACAAGCCCAGCUGAGUGAGGCCAAAGAGAAAUACCAACAGGGAAGUGGAGGAGUAACGGAAAGGACUAGAACUCUUUCUGAGAUUACUGAAGUGUUAGAAAAAGUAAAGCAGGAAAUGGAAGAGAAGGGAAGCAGUAUGACCGAUGGAGCUCCUUUAGUAAAAAUUAAGCAGGCCUUAACCAAACUGAAGCAGGAAACAGUUCAGAUGGACAUAAGGAUUGGUGUAGUGGAACACACGUUACUCCAGUCGAAGCUGAAGGAGAAAUCAAAUAUGACUAGAGAUAUGCAUGCAACUAUGAUUCCUGAAACUACAAUAGGCGCCUAUUAAAGUUGCUUGGAAUGUACUUGUAUUUCAGACAAAAAAAAUUUUAUAACUUGUUAUUGUACAAUAUGCUUGUCAUGCAUUUUAGGGUGCUGCAGAUGUGUGCAUAGCACUUUAGGCUCUAUAAAUGGAACCAGGCUGAAUUUUGUGACUUAAAAGCUUUCAAACUUAUUGCAAGUCUUUUAUAAAUACAUUAAUAAAUUCUCAUUAACUAA